UGAGGAAAGGAGAAGGGCACAGAGUAUCAGAUAAAAGAUGGUGCUAUCUUUGUCCCUCACCUGCAGUUGCAGCACCUCUCAGCCCAGACCCAGGGCUUGAGGCCACUGAAAAGCCCUAGAUUCUUGAUGUUGAUUCCCCUUUACCCAGUUACUUACCCGUCUUUCCCCCCAUCCACCCUCCUGUCUGGACUCCACCAGAAAGCCCAGUGUGUGUGACUUCCCACCAUUCCCCCAACACCCAGGUACUAAAGCACAAAAUGCCCAACGUACCUUUCCUUCUGAGGCCUCCACAUUUGACUGAGGCAGAAUGGGAAGGUGGAGGAUCCUGAGGUCUGUGACCCCUUCCUGGCUCUGGAUCUCCUUAUCUUUGCUGUCUGGGAGGUCAUAAGUCACGUUCAUAGUGAGCAGAAGGGGAUUCUUCUUCAAACCACAGACCCAAGAAUGAAGAGCCCAAGGGUGUCUUCACCCCUCCCAACUUCUGGGAAGGCCACUGGAACAAAGAGAGCUAAACAUGCAAAGAUCCAUGUCCAAAUGCCCUGUCCUGGGUCCUUGUGCAUCUGUGUGUCCACUUGUCCCUUGGGCUCAGUCACGUGCACUGGCUUCCUUAGCAGACAAUGGACCACUGGGGUGGGAGGGUGAGGAGGAGCUGGAGCCUCCCUGUGGGCCUGAGGUCCCUCUGGCCGACAAUGGGGGGAGGGAUCUGUAAAGGGGGGACAGGACGCAGGGCCCAGAUAAGGCUUCUGGGGAACAAUAGGAGGAAUUGAAGAAGGGAGACCCACCCUCACUGUACCCCACACCCAGGGCUUUGGGGUCAGGGACUGGGGGACCAGAGGGUGAUAGGGAGGGGUGCUGAAGAUUCUUGUAAGUGGGGGAGGGGAUGGUGGCAGAUAGGAUUCUGGAGCUCAGAACCUUUGUGUUUCUCUAGGAGCCACGGGGAUAUGUGAGGUGGGUAGGUGACUCCUUUGUGCCUAGUUUAACCACAUAUGUGUUUUUGAGUGCCUACUUUGUGAAUAGCACUUGAAUGUAAUAAAUGGUGCUCAGUUUUUUUGGCUCCUAAGAAAUAAAGUUUUCUAUCAGUUCAAUAUUUCCCUUGAAGUAGGCCCAGCCACUUCUGCAGAGGUGUGGGAUGGUUUUGUCAUUAUCCCUGUGUAAUGCCUGUGGCUGCUUCCCAUCUCAGUAAUUUGUGAAACUGCUGAGGCCAAUAGCGGCCUCUUACACUUUCUUAGGGCAAGCUAUGCCUCAUGAAGGUUUGGAUCUGGCAUGGGGUUCAGAAUGGGCGCUGAACUUUCUUGCUUCAGCUGGGAGAAUGCAGUGGCUCUGGGAAGGACCGGUGACCAGAACCACCCUGUGUCUCUGCCCAAAGUGCAGAUAGGGAAAAGAACUGCUAGUGACGUGAAAAGGCCAAAGAGUGAUAAAUAGUGGGUGUUGGGCGCUGCGGUAUGCCUCUCUCUCUGAUCUCCACACCUUUUCACAGCCACCCUUCAUAGCAGGCCCGGAGCCAGCGACCUGAUCCGGCCAAGGAUGUCCGAGGAAACGCCUAACAUAGAGACUCUGCCUCCCCAAGCCGCACCUCUGCCUGACCUCAGACGGUCCCCCAGAGAGUGCGCCCUACAGGGCCGGAUUGGCCUCUGCUUCAAGGGAGGCGGGACUCAGGGCUGGGGGACUAGGGGUAUUUAACAGCGGGCGGAGCUGGAAGUGGCCAAGGGCAAAAUGAGUGCGCUGCUGGGCACCAGGACCUGCCCAUGCCAGGGAGAGGCCUCCGACCUGAAGUCCCCUCUGGGCGCCAGGCUCAGGGAACCUCUUACCGAGGCUCGGUUCCAGCAGCUCUUCGGGGGCGAAGAGCAGGAGCCGGAGCUACCGGCAGAGCCCCGCUUGGCCCGGCUGUGCAGGCUGUGGAGGCUGCCGGCCAGCGCUUGUUCCGGGACGGGGGCGUGGCGCCUGCUGCGGGCUCGGCUGCCCCCGCUGAGCUGGCUGCCCCACUACCGCUGGCGGGCCUGGUUGCUCGGGGAUGCGGUGGCUGGAGUGACCGUGGGCAUCGUGCACGUGCCCCAGGGCAUGGCUUUUGCCCUCCUGACCUCUGUGCCCCCAGUUUUCGGACUCUACACUUCUUUCUUUCCCGUCCUCAUCUACAGUUUGCUGGGUACUGGGAGACACCUGUCCACAGGAACUUUCGCUGUACUCAGCCUCAUGACUGGCUCGGCUGUGGAGCGGCUGGUGCCCGAACCCCUCGUGGGGAACCUGAGCGGCAUCGAGAGGGAGCAGUUGGACGCUCAGCGGGUUGGAGCGGCCGCAGCCCUGGCCUUCGUGAGCGGGGCGCUAAUGCUGGGAAUGUUCGCGCUGCAGCUCGGUGUCCUGUCCACCUUUCUGUCCGAGCCUGUGGUCAAGGCGCUGACCAGCGGGGCCGCGCUGCAUGUGCUUGUGUCCCAGCUGCCCAGCCUUUUGGGGCUGUCCCUCCCGCGCCAGAUCGGCUGCUUUUCUCUCUUCAAGACGCUGGCCGCCGUGCUGACCGCGCUGCCCCGGAGCAGUCCGGCCGAACUGACCAUCUCGGCGCUCAGCCUGGCGCUGCUUGUGCCGGUCAAGGAAUUGAACGUGAGAUUCCGAGACAGGCUGCCCACCCCAAUCCCGGGGGAAGUCGUCAUGGUGCUCCUGGCCUCUGUGCUCUGUUUCACCUCUUCCCUGGACACAAGAUACAAUGUCCAGAUAGUGGGGCUGUUGCCUGGAGGAUUUCCCCAACCCCUCCUCCCCAACCUGGCUGAGGUGCCCAGUAUUCUGGCUGACUCUCUGCCCAUCGCAUUGGUUACUUUUGCUGUGUCCGCCUCCCUGGCCUCCAUCUAUGCAGACAAGUAUAGCUACACUGUUGACUCCAACCAGGAGCUCUUGGCACACGGUGUCUCCAACCUCAUCUCCUCCCUCUUCUCUUGCUUUCCCAACUCGGCCACGCUGGCCACCACCAGUCUACUAGUGGAUGCUGGUGGGAAUACACAGCUGGCAGGCCUCUUCUCCUGCAUGGUGGUCCUGUCCGUGCUGCUCUGGCUGGGGCCCUUCUUCUACUAUCUGCCGAAGGCUGUCCUGGCUUGCAUCAACAUCUCCAGCAUGCGCCAGAUGUUCUUCCAGAUGCAGGAACUUCCACAACUAUGGCGCAUCAGCCGCAUGGAUUUUGCUGUGUGGAUGGUCACAUGGGUGGCUGUAGUGACCUUGAGUGUGGACCUGGGCCUGGCCGUGGGUGUCAUCUUCUCCAUGAUGACUGUAGUCUGCCGCACCCAGAGGGUGCAGUGUCUGGCACUUGGACUGGCUGAGGGGACAGAGCUCUACAAGCCACUCAGAGGGAAACAUAAGCUUCUCCAGGUCCCAGGGCUCUGCAUCCUGAGCUAUCCAACACCACUCUACUUUGGGACCCGUGGGAAGUUUCGCCACAUCCUGGAAUGGCAUCUGGGGCUUGGAAAAGGAGGCAAGGAGACUCCAAAGGCAGAUGGCCCCCCUGACAGAGUUGCUGAGCCUGUCAGAGUGGUGGUCCUAGACUUCAGUGGUGUCACAUUUGCUGAUGCUGCUGGGGCCAGAGAAGUGGUACAGCUGGCCAGCCGAUGCCGAGAUGCUGGGAUCCACCUUCUCCUGGCUCAGUGUAAUGCCUUGGUGCUGGAGACACUGACCCGGGCAGGGUUCCUGGACAGAGUGAGCCCAGAACAGCUGUUUGUGAGUGUCCAGGAUGCAGCCGCUCAUGCCCUGGAGAGACUGGAGUUCACUGACCCAAAGAUUUGCACAGUGUGGGUCUGACCCAGUCACCUGGAGUACGGAGGGCCCCGGCAAUGUGUAUGUGAGGAGGACCAUGACCCUGGAGCCCCCUUACUUAAUGUAACUAAUAAAAUGAAGCCGAGAGCCUCUGGGA